AUGGAUAAGGCAACGGCCGAAGCUUCCACGCAAAUCGCAUUUCCGAUGGGCCAAGCAUAUUCUCCUAGGCCUGAAAUACGCACUAACUUCAACACAUCCAUCUUUUGGGCCACAAGGUCAACAAGACCCAUGCACCGGGCUUACCUGUCUCUGCCCAUAUUUGAAUACAUGAAAGAGUACUUCAAGUCAUCGACGUGCCUACUGCAUUCGCAGGAUAUUAUCUCACAUCAAGUCAAUACGUUUAGUAUUCAUUCUCAUUUUCGUCACUCUAGAAGCGAUCUUCGGCCAAGUUUUAUCUCCUAUUUAGCCUCAUUUGAUAGCCCGUCUGGGCCUUUAAAUACACCAUUCCGUAUCAGGGGGUGUUUGGAGAAGGGAAAGGGAAUUCAAAAGGUAAUCAGAACGAGAAAUGGAGAAAUGGUAGCGUUGUACAAAAAACUCGACUUAAUCGAGGGAGGAUUAAUUUUUCAAUCAAACUAUUAUGGUUACAUAAUCUGCAACUUGAUUGUCAAGGUGAGGGUAGCAAUGCCUGAUGCAUCCACGAUUCACUUUCUCACUUUAUUUGCCUCUCUACCAACGAAUAAGAUCUCAACGAUCUCGGAGACGUACUUUCCACUCGCGGUUAGCAUUGCUAAUUUCAAAUCGGACUCCCCUGCCUUAAAGAGUCUAUCAACCAGGCGGAAAUUGAGGCAGCUGACGUUGAGAAGUUGGAAUAAUAUAUUUCCGCCUUGGCGAGAUGCACGUGAGAUCGGGCGACAUGGGAGGCUCGGGACGGUAACAUAUACCUCGAUUAAAUGUCAAAAGCCACGUCGCAUCCAAUGCAUGAAUCAACGGCAUGCAUACACGCUACCUAGGCACCAUGGCCAGCCGAAAACCAAGAUUUAUAUCCCCUCUUCUAUGCUGAAUAUUCUUUUCUAUUGUCUAAUAUCAGAGUUUUCUUCUGAAGAAUACCUAAGAAAAGCAACAGACAUUAAGCGCGACCUCGUCCCGACACCUGGAGGAUUUGCUAACAACCAAGGGGAGUCCCAGCGCGAUGCGGCCGCACCGAUCUCCAACGGCUGUCCAUAUUUACCAACCGGGGAAGACGAAACAUUUUCAACCGGGGAUCUGUACGGCGACACUCUUCGGGCUAGCCCAGACCUUACAACAGCCACGACGGCUUCUUACACGAGGUUUCACGGCGUUAAGUUCAGCCGCUUCAUGUUUGGGGCCGUUUUCAGCCUUCCAAACUCGAUUCUAAGGCUGUCGGGAAGAGAGGCCCAAGUCAACCACGCUAUCGCUAUGUUGUACCUAGAGUGCGGUUUCAGCAUUCUAACGCCAACCAUUCGCUAUGCCAGUCACCGACCUAGCCGAGUAGGCAUCCCUGGAGACUACCACCCUAUCGUCCUAGGGGCUUGUCUGGACAAAGAGGCUUAUUUCGAAUGGGCGGCCGUCUACUCCGUACCAAUCGCCAUGAACCGGCAGUGUCGUUCUGCGGCACAUGCAUGA